CAUUACUGAUCCACAUCUCUAAAAGAAAGCUUCACUUCACCCGGCUCCUUCGCGAAAUGUCUGUCAAAUUUCUUUUCGUUAUAUUCGGUGGGAUUGUUCUAACUUUGGUGGAUAAUGCAAGAAUAUUACCAAGAGUUAAAAGACAAAGCUUAAAGGUGCGGAUUACUGCUAAGGAUGACACUAUUAUAUUACAGUACCUUAGCUCCAACCCAGCCAUCAGACUUCAAGGCUACAUUAUUGGACACGGUGGUCGAAACACCAAGCAGAACCUCACAUUGCCUAACAAUGGAGAUCCAUUUGAGGUUGAUGUUGAGUUCUACCCCAAAUAUCUCAUAGCAGUUCAUCCUGUGGCUGAACAGAGCAAAGCAGCCUUGAAGAAAAAGUGCAAAGGUAACCUAAAUCAUCAAAAGCCUCCACAGAUAACAAUAUCUACUCGAACUGCUACGUCCGUGUUUCUCACAUGGACAAACGGUAUCAAAGGAAAUGUUUAUAAACAUGGAGGCCAUAAAUGUGGAGAUGAAAGGCACUAUACAGUUCGGUACAGAGAAAAAGAAGCAGACGAGAAUUGGCUGUAUCAAUGCUGUCCAACAAGCGAAACAACAAUAGACAACCUUAAACCGAAUACUGUUUAUGAAUUUGGGGUACGGGUUAGCAAAGCAAAAGAAGAGGAAGAGGGUACUUGGAGUGAACCCACCAACUACAUUACUGCUGUGACUUCCUCACCAAAAAGCACCGAAAAUGACCAAACUCAAAAGAUAUCAAAGAAACUUGCCAUAAACUUCAACAGUGAAACUCUCAAGAACACAAGGAGACCUGAGCUACCAGGUAAAACUAAUAUUAUAGGAAUAAAAGGCAAAAAGGGUCCAGCUGCAUCCUAUCCAGCACAAAAUGGAACAAGUUGGAUACGAUUCCCCAAAAAGCCGAGUGUUAAUACGCAAUUGGCCUUAGGGACUUCAAACACUGUUACUAAACCAUCAUUGAAAAGUGGCAAGAUUUGGAACGCAAAAGAAAAAUCAAAAGUGAAACCACUGACAACAAAAGCAUCCAAGCUGCCAUCAUCAGUCAGUCCGUCUUUCCCUUCAAAACCUGUGCCUAAAUCUGGCCCAGCAGAAAUUCAGAUACCAGUUUUCCUCACUCCAAGCCCCCCUUCUCAACUUGAUACCAUGGAUAAGCAGCAAUCUACAGAACCUGUGACAACACCACCUUCUACCACUUUGCCAUUCACUAUAUUAAGUACAACUUCUGGUCAUACUGCUGUGGACAAGCAGCAUCUCCCAGGCACGACAUCUGCUUUAGAUCCUGUGGAAACCCAGAAGUUCUCAGAACCCAAGAUACCAUCAUCCAGCCAUGGACCUUUCCAUCCAACAUCAGAUCUUGAUGCCAUGAAUAAUCAGGAAUUCACAGAGUAUGGGGUAUUAUCCUCCAUCAUCUCAAAUAUUAUCACUUUACGCACGACCUCUGAACCUGAUGCCAUGGACAACCAAGAAUUCACAGAACCUGAGAUUCACCUCAAUGUCGAUUCAUCACCUACCACGUCAAAAAAAAAUUAUGAAUUUGAUUCUACACAAAGGAAGCAGAUUUCAGUUCCAGAAUUUGAGGCACCAUUCUCCAGCAAUACACCUGUCAACAAUUUAAAAACAACUCAACUUGAUGUCAUGGACACAAAACAAUCCAAAGACCAUCAUGUGCCAAGUCCUGACACUCCUAAUGUCUUCAAUUUAAUCUCAGAACAUAAACUGCCGAUCACUGACACCCCUAAUGUAUUCAAACCAAUCUUAGAAUCUGAACCUGCAGAGAUAGCAGAGAAAGAACUGACAGCAGACCAUGAGGUGCCCACCUCUCACAAUGUGUUCACUUUAAUCUCAGAUCGUGAGCUGCCAAUCACUGACUCCCCAUAUAUGCUCAAUUCAGUCUCAGAAUCUGACCCUGCUAAGAUAGGAGAGGAUGAAUUUACAGAAGACCAUAAGAUGCCAAUCUCUGACACUGACACUGGCAAUAUACUCAGUCCAUUCUCGCACUAUGAGCUGCCAGUCACUGACUCUCCGCAUGUCAUCAGUCCAAUCCCUGAACCUGCUAUGAUAGGGAAGGAUGAAUUUACAGGCCAUCAUGUACCAACUCCUGACACUCCUAAUGUCUUCAAUUUAAUCUCAGAAUAUAAACUGUCUGUCACUGACACCGCUAAUAUAUUCAAACCAAUUCUAGAAUCUGAACCUGCAGACAUAAUGGAGAAAGAAGAGACAGCAGACCAUGAGAUGUCAACCUCUGACAUUCGCAAUGCAUUCAGUUCAAUCUCAGACUAUGAACUGCCAGUUACUGAUUCUCCACAUGUGCUCCAUCCAGUCCCAGAACCUGAUCCUGCUAAGAUAGGGAUGGAUGAAUUUACAGACCAAUAUGUGCCAACUCCUGACACUCCUAAUGUCGUCAGUUUAAUCUCAGAACAUAAACUGCUGGUCUCUGACACCCCUAAUAUAUUCAAACCAAUCUUAGAAUCUGAACCUACAAAGACAGCUGAGAAAGAAGUAACAGCAGACCGUGAGGUGCCAACCUCUGAUACUCGCAAUGUGUUCAGUUCAAUCACAGAUUAUGAGCUACCAGUCACUGAUUCUCCACAUAUCGUCAAUUCAAUCCCAGAAUUCGAGCCAACUAAGAUAGGGAAGGAUGAACUUACAGACCAUCAUGUGCCAACUCUUGACACCCCUAACGUCUUCAGUUUAAUCUCAGAACAUAAACCGCCAGUCACUGACACCCCUAAUAUAUUCAAUCCAAUUCUACAUUCUGAACCUGUAAGGACAACAUGGAAAGAAGUAACAGAUCGUCAUGUGCCAACUCGUGAUGCUCCUAGUGUCUUCAUUUUAAUCUCAGAAUAUAACCCACCUGUCACUGAUAUCCCGAAUGUAUUCAAACCAAUCCUAGAGUCUGAACCCGCAGAGAUAGCAGAGAAAGAAGUGACAGCAGCCCAUGAGGUGCAAACCUCUGACAUUCGCAAUGUGGUUAGUUCAAUCUCAGACAAUGAACUGCUGGUCACUGCUUCUCCCUAUGUGUUCCAUCCAGUCUCAGGAUCUGACCCUACAAAGAUGAGGAAGGAUAAAUUUACAGACCAUUAUGUGCCAACUCGUAGUGUCUUCAAUUUAAUCUCAGAAUAUAAAGUGCCGAUCACUGAUACCCCUAAUGUAUUCAAACCAAUCCUAGAGCCUGAACAUGCAGAGAUAGCGGAGAAAGAAGUGACAGCAGACCACGAGGUGCACACCUCUAACACUCGCAAUGUAGUCAGUUCAAAAUCAGACUAUGAGCUGCCAGUCACUGACCUUCCGUAUGUGCUCCAUCUAGUCCCAGGAUCUGACCCUGCUAAAAUAGGGAAGGAAGAAUUUACAGACCAUCAUGUGCCAACUCGUGAUUCUCCUAGUGUCUUCAGUUUAAUCUCAGAAUAUAAACAGCUGGUCACUGACACUCCUAAUGUAUUCAAACCAGUCAUAGAAUCUGAACCUACAGAGAUAGCGGAGAAAGAAGUGACAGACUAUGAGGUACCAGGCUCUGACACUCUUGGUACAGUCAGUUCAAAAUCAGACUAUGAGCUGCCAGUCACUGACUCUCCCUAUGUGCUCCAUCCAGUCCCAGGAUCUGAACCUGCUAAAAUAGGGAAGGAAGAACUUACAGACCGUCAUGUCCCCGCUCCUGCCACUCCCAGUGUCUUCAGUUUAAUCACCGAACAUAAACUGCCGGUCACUGAUUCCCCUAAUAUAUUCAAACGAGUUGUAGAAUCUGAACCCGCAGAGAUAGUGGAGAAAGAAGUGACAGCAGAUCAUGAGGUGACAACCUCUGACACCCAGGAUCAAUUCAAUUUUAUCUCAGGCACUGAGAUGCUGAUCACUGACUCUCCUAAUGUGUUGAGUCCAAACCCAGAUUCUGAAUCUGCUAACAUCGAAGAGAAAGAAAUUACAGAAUCUGAACUGCCAGUCACUGACACCCCUAAUGUAUUCAAACCAAUCUUAGAAUAUGAGCCUGCAGAGAAAGAAGGUACAGACUAUGUGAUGCCGGUCAGUGACACCCCUAAUGUUUUCAGUGCAGUACCAGAAUCUCAAUCUGCUAACAUGAGAAAGAAAGAAGUUGCAGAUCAUGAGGUGCUAACCUCUGACACUCCAAGUAUGUUCAGAUCAGUCUCAGAUUAUGACCUAUCAAUCACUGGCUCUCCGUAUGUGUUGAAUCCUAUCGCAGAACCUGAAACUGCUAAAAUAGGAAAGGAUAAAAUUACAGAUCACAAAGUGCCAACUUCAGACACUCCUAAUGUGUUCAGUUCAAUCCCAGAAUCUGAAUGUGCUAAGAUAGGAAAGAAAGAAGUUACAGCAGACCAUGUGGUGGCAACCUCUGACACUCGUUAUACAUUCAGUUCAAUCUCAGACAAUGAACUGCCAGUCACUGACACUUCUGAUGUAUUCAAUCCAAUCCCAGAAUCUGAACCUGCUAAAAUAGGAAUGACUGAAGACUAUGGGUUCUCAACAUCUGACACUGCAAUUGUGCCAAGUCCAAGCCCUGUACAUGAGACAGGAGAAAAAGAAUUAACAGACAAUAAGCUGACACACCCUGAUACUUCUCAUGUAUUCAUUCCAACCCUUGGUAACAUUGAAGACAAAGAAAUCACAGAGCAUAAACUGCCAAUGCCUGGCACUCCAGAUGUUUUCAUUCAAACUCAAGAAUCCGUACUUGAUAAGAUAGAGGACAAGGAUUUAACAGAAUAUUUGUUUCCAACUUCUGACAUUCCACAUGGGCACAGUUCAACCUCUGCUCAACCUCCAUUUGAUAGCAGUGGAAAAGUGCUCACAGAAUCUGAUCCUCCAUCAGAUAGAUCCCCUGUCAUCACCACAAAACGUGUGCAGAAAUCUGAUACCAAGCAGAAGUUUACAGAACCUGGGACACAGUCACCUGGUGGUCACUUAUUUUCCACUGUUCCUGGCAGUACUCAGGAAAGUUCGCCUGUCUUCAGAUCCUCCCCAGUAUCUAAUAUUGAUGGCCAGGGGAAAGAAAGAUUUAGAGGUCCUUAUGUGAAAUAUAUGACAAAACCAGACAUGCCCUGCUCCAUUACUGAAUCACUGAAGCAUUUUCCCCAAGAAAACAUAACAAAUAAUAAAGCUACAGCUCCUCCUCGAUAUGCUCCUUCGAACCUGACACUUGUGACCGUUGAAGGCUGCCCAACCUUUCUCAUAGUAGACUGGGAGAACAAUGAAAAUGACACUGCUAGUGAGUAUGAAGUUGUUUCAACAAUGCAAGGAUCAGACAACAAAACGGAAGAACUUAUUACUAUCACCAAUCAAACACAUGCUGCAGUGGAAAACCUUAAACCAAAUACAAGCUACACAUUCUCAGUGACACCCACAAACAUACAUGGCAGAGGUCCAUCCAGUGAACCACUUCCUUUCGUUACAGAAUCUGCGGACCCCAGUGUAAGUGAAUAUAUACCAGGGAAGGAUGCCAUCUGGACUCAAUACUCCUUUAAGUUUGAUUCGUAUUCAGAGUGUCAAGGCAAGAGAUUUGUCAAACGUACCCGGUACCGGAAAUUUGUUGGUAUCAUUCUGUGUAAUUCACUGAGAUACAAGAUUUACCUCAGUAAUUCCCUAUCAGGUAUUUUCUACAACAUAGGAGAUUUAUCUGGGCAUGGGGAGGAUCACUGUCAAUUUGUGGACUCAUUCCUGGAUGGUAGAACAGGGGAACAUCUCCUUCCUGAACAAUUGCCAAUCAGACAAGGUUUUUACCGAAGUGUUCGCCAGGAGCCGGUUAUGUUUGGUACAAUAGGUGGACGAACACACAUCAAUUACGUCCAUUGGUACGAGUGCGGUAUAGCCAUUCCUGGGCAAUGGUGAAUCUAACAACUGCCUUAUGAAAAAUCAAAGGAACUGAAUCAUUUUAUAUUCCACCAAUAUUGUUCCUUAUAUUCAGUGUAAGAUUUAAAUAGACCAUGUAGUGUACAGGAUGUUUUUUCUUUACUUUAAAGAAGCCAUAAAGAAGUCUUUAUGUAAUGUGGUACAGGGUGAAUUGUACCCAUUCCAAGGCACAUAAUUGUAAUUAUUUACACAACCUAAAAAGCUUUAGAACAAUGUGAUCACCAAACUGGGCAGUAAAAAAUAACAUUAAUAGAGUAUUUCUAGCAAUUUUCUGACCAACUUGCACUUAUUUAAAACAAUGUCAGAUGACAAAAAUAAGUGUUCCUUUCAGAAGAUGCACUAGUGACCAUUUAAAAAUUUAUGUAAACAUCUAAAUAUAUAAAGAUAAGUUAGUGCUCACUACUCAAGCGUGGUGUAAAUAAAUGGUAGUACUGCCUAGUUUGUAACCAUUAACAAGUCUGUCUUUGGUUUAAAAAGUCCUAUAAAAUGUGUUUUAUUUAUCAAAACAUACAUCCAAAUUUUUUUUUUUAAAACACAGGUUUUGAUAUUGGGAAGCUGGCUCCCUAUGCCCUCAGUUCUGAAUAUAAUAGUUUAAAUGUUAUUUAUCAGGAAUGUAUUUAAAAACACAGAACAUAAAUUGUAACUUCUAUUCACAAAGUAUAGAAGGGUUUUUUUUUUUUAUUUAGAUUUGCUGAACAAUGAGCUUCAGCAACAGAAUGGAGCAAUUUCUCUUGCUGGGUAUCCUUAAGCAGCCUGUAAUAUUACAAACUGUACCCAAAAUGAAAUUGUGUAGUGCAACUACGUAUAUGCCUUGUUUUUGUCCAAAAAAGUGUACUGAAGGUAUCUGUGGACAAAAAAACUCUUGAUUCUGUUUGUUAAGUUGAUCAUACAUUACUUUAUUCAGUACUGAACUAAGCUAAAUAUUUACAGCCAAGAUAUUGUAACAUUCAAAAUGUUUAAAAUGUCAACUUUUUUGGUUAGUGCAUGUAAAUAUCCAUGUGAUGGUGAGCAUACAAGACUAUACGUCCACAAAUACCCCUACAAAUAACUGCAUCUAUAUUAUAUUCAACAAACAAACAUCCAUACACACCCACUUAAGGAUGCUUGCAUUUAUUGCUGUUACAAUUUUUUCAGUAUUUGAUGUUCUUUUGCCUUUCAUCUUACCACAAAUGGAUCGUAUAAGUAAUUCUAACAUGCGCAAUUUCCCCAAAAUGGCAUUGCUAUUGUAAAUAUAGUUCUAGAUACAUGGCUACAAUUAAUAUUUUUAGAUGGUUAAUAGUAUUAUUAGAGCAGAUUUUGGUAAAUUUCGCAAUGCUCACUUAUCUGCACGUGCUCAUAUAGACAGUACCAAAUAUCUGUGCAUGUCCAGAUAGGUCACUAAUUUCUAAACACCUAAUUGGAUGCAGUAAUUCACCAGUGUCAGAACAAGCACAAAAUUGUAUCUACCACCUGUCUGUACACCUGAUUUCAAAUGCUCAGUCAUCAGUAUUCUGCAUGCUUCCUUAUGUUACCUACAUCCAUGCACAUAACAAGGUUUAUAUCUAAUACCACAUCUAGCAAGUAACUAAACACAAUAGAAAUGACAGACUACACCAAUGCUCACAUGCCCCCACAGAAAAGCAAAGCUAACAUACAUCUGCUCACAAUGUAUUGAGUCAAAUGAGCACCUCCCUGUGGCAGUACAGUGUUUGCCAAACACUGGCCACAUUAGAGAAACUAGACUAUCCAAACAAAUUUAUGCACAAACGCUCAUUUUAUUCAGGUCCAUACAGAAAUCUCAUCACAGCAACUGAGCAAGCAAUCAUUCAUGGACAUGCUCAACUAGCAAGUUGCAACGUCCUCAGCUGAGAUCUCUAGCACCAUUCUUAGGCAGUUAGCAACUCUCUGCUCACAAUGUGGAGAUGUUGAAAACACCCAUACUGAAAUAUGCAACCAAACCUUCAGCCACACAAAAAGUUCAAAUGCUCACAGACAUUUAGCUUUGUUGGUGUAGCAAAAUAUAUUCAGUACUUGUGGAGGUUGUUGCCUAAUAUUCUUACCACAAAUGGAUAUUAUAGAAUAGUAAUGCAUACUAAUAUAUACUUUUUCUCCCUUGUGACAUUGCUAGUAACAUGAGUUUAGUUCUGAAAGAUGGCUGCAGUUAGUAUUUAGAUUGUCAGCAGCUUUACUUGAGCAGAGUUUUUGAGAAAUUUUGCAAGGCUGCCCAUAGCGGUCAUUUAUGCUGUCAUACUCGAGAAUAAAGACAUAAGUAAAUAAAGUUUAAUGCCAACCUUUA